GUCACUUUUCCCUAAAAGUUACCUUUGCUUGUGGUUGUUCUGGGAGAAAACAGAUAAUUGCCAGGUCCCUCCCUGCUCCUCACGCCUAACUGCUUUGGCUGUUCAAUUUUCAAUGAGAAAUUAUUAGGUUUCACUGCUUAGCUUUCAGGAGAGAAAAUUAAUCAUUUUGUAUAAUUUUUUGACUUUUUCUGUAACAUUUUGCUUCUACCAUAUCUACGAAAUUCUUUUCAAUAGCUUUGUAUCUCCCUUUGUAAAUAGAAAUGACUUCAGCAUAGAUGAAGAAUUUACAAGGGUUCCUGCAUAAACCUGGAUCUUCAACUCUAACAAGAAAUUUAAUUUCAUGGCCUUGUGGAAAGCCAGCUUCCCUUGUUUACGACUUUACCAACGGAAGCAACCGUUUUCGACGUACGGUAAACGCCUACAAGAGUUGAGACAAAAACUGGUGUCUGAGCCAGAGAUUGACGAUUUCGUCCACUCUUCAGAGUUGGUAGGGAAAGUCUCUGUUUCUCCACCAGAGGCAAACACACCUUUUUGGACAGAUAUUAAAAGAAUUGACGCAUAUGAGAAUCCGCAAAAGCCUUUAUGGUUAAAGGUGAAACCUGCAGGAGACCAUGCUUUGGAACAAGAGUACAUUCGCCUGAAAAAACCCUACGAGGUUUAAGUUUACAUACUGUUUGUGAAGAAGCACGCUGUCCAAAUAUCGGUGAAUGUUGGGGAGGAGGUACGGCUACUAUCAUGUUGAUGGGCGACACGUGUACCAGAGGUUGUCGUUUUUGUUCCAUUAAAACUUCCAAAACACCACCUCCGUUAGAUAAAGAAGAGCCAGAGAAAGUAUCCUCAGCAGUUGCUAAGUGGGGUCUUACGUACAUUGUAUUGACAAGUGUUGAUCGUGAUGAUUUGGUAGAUGGAGGAGCCAGUCAUUUGGCGUCGACUGUCAAAGCUUUAAAACAGAAACAACCGGAUCUUUUGGUAGAACUUCUUUCCCCAGAUUUUGGUGGCAAUUUGAAAUGUGUAAGUCAUGUAGUGCAUUCAGGCUUAGAUGUAUUUGCACAUAAUGUGGAGACUGUAAGUCGUUUACAACAUGUUGUUCGUGAUAGAAGAGCCAACUAUCAACAAUCUCUUUCUGUUCUUGAAUAUGCCAAGUCUGUCAAUAGCAAAGUUUUUACAAAGACGUCGAUUAUGCUUGGUGCUGGAGAAACUCAUGAAGAGAUCUAUCGUACUCUACAAGAUCUUUUGAAAGUUGGUGUAGAUAUUGUUACAUUUGGACAAUAUCUUCGUCCUUCGAAAAGACAGAUGAAAGUGGAAGAGUGGGGUUUAUGUAUGUAGCUUCUGGUCCUCUUGUUCGAAGUU